GCGACGGCAGUUCCGAUAAAGUAGUGAGAGUAGUAUUGCGUCUUUUAAUAACCGACAGUUUCCAAAAUGGAAUAUCUUCACACAUUACUUGGUAGUCUGCUUAUGGUUGGUUUAAUUAUGACCAAUUACGCGACAGCUUAUCCCAGUCCGGUGGAUAAUCACCUUCUACUAGAUUAUGGAUAUGGACGAAACGAUGCCGGCGAUCAAAUUCCAUUUUUGGAUGAAGUUGAUUACGGAGCCGAUAUGAAGUCCAAACGUGCGCGUUUCGGGAAGCGACCGAAGGGAGGCAGUUGGGAAGACGUUCUACAGGAACUGUCCAGAGGCGACCGCAAUCUUGAUUUCAGCCGGCUAAAAAGCAUUCGCUUCGGAUUAGGUGGUCGGCGCUGACCGGAUGCUCUUCUUGUGACAUUGCAUGUUCCACGUAAUACAGUACAAGCCACCGCUCACGAAGUGGUGGCUGUUUGGCUCACACAUUUUCAGAAUUUCCCAUGUGCUAACAGAAAUGGUGGUACUUUGCUAAUUAUUCAAUAAUAUUAUGAAGUACCUGGCCGGACACCUUCCGGUUGCAUCCACAUAGCGGGAUGGAAAGAACUGCCCCAGCCUCUAGGUAGAUGUGUUACAGAUCUAGAUUACGUACAUAUAUAAUUGUCAUCACAUGCAUUACUUAAAAAAUGCGUACUGAUGUGAAAAUUAUGGUUUGCACUUUCGCUUUUUUUUCCGACUGUACGAUUGCAUAUGUAGUGACAUACUGUAUUACUACCAUAACUUCACAAGCAUUGUUUUAUUAUAAUAAGACUGUAUAAACGCUUGAGUGUGUUUGUAAUGCAUGUUCGAAAAUUUGUUGAUGUUACAUUAUUGCAGUUUUGAGAUUUUGCGCGUGGAAUAACGGUUCACAGCGUACACGCAUAUAUCUACAUGCCUACGAGUUAAUACAGAAUCAUAUACUGUACUGUAAUUAUAUCAUGCACCAUGGCCUUUAUAAAUUGCGGAACAGUUACGUACUGCUGAUGAUUGUUGUGACUUUGGGUGUUGCGCGUUUAAAGUAAGAGAGCAACUGUAUUGAAUUCCCAAUUUCCAUUUUAAGCAUACAUGGUUCCUGAAGUGCCUUGUUACUAAUUAUUCUAAGGUAAUUUAUUCUAAGGUAAUUCUAAGGUAUUCUAAGGUAA